AUGGCGCGCUCCCGCAGACAGAACCGAGACGAGAGCGCUUCCCGUUCCGACACCUCCGCAUCCACCUCGCCCGAGCGCGGCUUCGACGAUGACAAAGACUCGAUCAUGCUGCAGUCAAACGACUCACUGUCCUCACUGGCGCCCUCUGUAUCCCCCGACUCCGACGACGACGCCCGCCGGCGCGCCAUCGAGGAGCAGAACCGCAUCUCCCCUGUUUCACGACUACCCGCCGAGCUCAUGAUCGCCGUGUUCGCGAAGCUCGCCUCCCCUGCCGACCUCAAGAAUUGCAUGCUGGUCUCGAAGGACUGGUCGAGAAACGCGGUUGGACUGCUGUGGCACAGGCCGUCGACUAACAAGUGGUCCAGCGUCAAGAGCGUGAUCCGCACAAUCAGGACCGCAGACAGCUUCUUCGAUUACAGCAGUCUCAUCAAGCGUCUCAACUUGUCUGCACUAGGGAGCGAGGUCAGCGAUGGCACACUCGGGCCACUGCACAACUGCAAGCGUAUAGAGCGAUUGACACUUACCAACUGUACCAAGCUCACCGAUCUGAGCCUUGUCGCCAUGCUGGAGGACAACCGCAGUCUCUUGGCCCUGGACGUUACGGGCGUAGAUUCUAUCAGCGAUCAGACCAUGUACGCUUUGGCCAAGAAUGCAAUACGGCUGCAGGGCCUAAACAUCACAAACUGUAAAAAGGUUACGGACCAGUCGCUAGAGGCCGUAGCGAAGAGCUGCAAGCACCUCAAGAGACUCAAGCUCAACGGGUGCUCCCAGCUCAGUGACAAAUGCAUAAUAGCAUUUGCUCUACAUUGCCGAUAUAUCCUUGAGAUCGACCUUCAUGACUGCAAAAACCUCGAAGACGACUCAAUCACCACUCUGAUAACGGAGGGGUCCCAUCUGCGAGAGCUUCGACUGGCCCACUGUUGGAAGAUCACCGACCAGGCAUUUCUUCGUCUUCCCACUGAAGCAACCUACGAGAGUCUGCGUAUUCUGGAUCUGACAGACUGCGGCGAGCUGCAGGAUCAUGGCGUCCAGAGGAUAGUCGGUGCUGCCCCAAGAUUACGCAACCUGGUCCUUGCCAAAUGCCGCAAUAUAACAGACCGAGCGGUGAUGGCCAUCACACGCUUAGGCAAAAAUCUGCAUUACAUCCAUCUGGGCCACUGCUCGCGAAUCACCGACACGGGCGUUGCGCAACUGGUCAAGCUAUGCAACCGAAUCCGCUAUAUCGAUCUGGCCUGCUGCACGAACCUUACAGAUGCCUCCAUCACGCAACUGGCUUCUCUUCCGAAACUCAAGCGGAUAGGGUUGGUCAAGUGCGCAGCAAUUACCGAUCGCAGUAUACUGGCCUUGGCGAAGCCAAAGCAGAUGGGCUCUAGUGGACCCAUACAGCCUAGUGUACUGGAGAGAGUCCACUUGAGUUACUGCACCAACCUCACCCUACAGGGCAUCCAUGCACUGCUGAACAAUUGCCCGCGUCUUACUCAUUUGAGUCUGACUGGCGUGCAAGCCUUCCUCCGCGACGAUCUUCUUGUUUACUGCCGCGAGGCGCCGCCAGAGUUCAAUGAACACCAGCGCGAUGUCUUUUGUGUCUUUAGCGGCGUAGGCGUCCAGCGCCUCCGCCAAUUCCUCAACACCGACCACGACCACCAAAACCGCCGGGCUUCCUUCUCCGACAACGAGGGGACCAUGUACGAGGAUGGCGAUGAACCCGACGUAAUCCUCAAUGUCACCGCUCAGGCUAACGGCAUGGCGAUAGAUGAGGAUGAGGAUCUCGGUGACAGUGAGAUGCUGGGUCAGGACUAG